GUGCUUGACACUUUUCUGCUUAUUAUUCAUGUCAUAAAUAUGUUAGAAUAUAAGUCUGCGUGCUGUUUGUGCAACAGUCCACAGGCUGUUAAGUAAAAUAUAUCCAGAAUAGCACGUUGUAUACACCUGUGACUGGAAUUUAACCAGGAAGUAAUGAAUGAGGCGAGAAAGUCCAUGACUUGCAUGAUGUGUAAUUUCAUUGUGAACUGAAGGCUUCAUUUGUAUUACAUUUAGCUCAUACUUUGCCUAAAUACCCUUACAAGGACUUUCUCUUGCAGUUAUCUGUAUAGUCCUUAUAAAGAAUGACCUGUUACAUAAACUCCAGCAGCAGCAGCUCUGCUUUGCUUUAUGUGAGGGAAUGUGCGUUGCUGCAGCAGCCUGACCUCCUUUAGGAAAUCACUGGAGUAGAUAAACCCCCCAGCUUUGGUUAAAGCCCAUUUUUUCCAUUAAGAUUUAACUCCUUUGAGUAACAGAGCCCGAGGAGGUUGAAACCUGAGGCCUGUGCAUACCAGUGACUUAAGCAAUAAAUAGAAGGGCCUGAAAUAGCAGGUCAUUGGGACCUCCAGAGCCAACUCCCCCGCCACCUUUGCUGCACACUUGUGCUUCACUUGUCCCUGGGAAUGUGUGUGUGUAUUCUUUGAAAUAACACAUUUGCCUCUCCACAGAGUAAAACACGUACUGUGAUAUUGAUAUGAUGGCUUGGUCUUGUUGGCACUUUAGGUUUCAGCCUUGAUGAAAGGAGCACAGAAUGCAUCUCACCCUCAUAAUAAGAAGCCCGCCAUGCCCAUCAAGCCCAUUUAAAACUGUUUGCACAGCAUGAUCAGAACAAAUGCCUCAUCUCUCACAUUUUUCUCAGCUGGAGGAGUCACUUGUCACAUAAGCACAGCUGUAGGCCACUUGGAAGCCUGUUUUAGACCAACUACUUGGAUAAAGUUAAUCGAUAUAAAUGCUUUUAUCGAGUUUAGUGAAGUCAGCAUGUUGUUAAAAGUCUGUUGUUGAGGGACCAAAGUUUUAUAUGUAUGCUGUAUGAACUAGAUCAGGGAAUCUCCCAGCUGGCACAGGGUUGAGAUGUACUGGCCAAAAGACUGCAAUGUGUGGAGUAAAGAAACAUACUGCAAAAACGUAAAAGGCAGCCAAAACAGAGGGACUGCAGUUUGUGUGCGUUUUAAAGUUAGAAAGUACCAGCCAGCACGAAUUAGGCUGACUUCAACUGUAAAGCUUGCCUUAUUUUCAUGCAUGCAAUUUCACAGUCAAAUGAGUCCUGCUGUGGCUCCCACAAUAUCACAUUGCAGCCACAAUUAUCCUGCACACGUCUGAGCAGAGAGCCUAAAAUCGCAUCAGAACUUUGAGCUUUUUUCUUUUUUCGGUUUAUGUGACAGGAGAAAGGAGAGAGAAGUGUAGGGUCAAAGGUCACGAAUGGCCUGUCAAAGUUGCAUGCAGGAGAGGCCAGUGAGCAGGAUGUAUUUAUAGGGCAGUAUUUCUCAGGAUCAGGUUGCCUUCAAAUUGAGGACCGGUUGAACCGCUACACCCCCACCCACCUGUUGGUGGAGAUUUGCACUCACAUCUCGACUUACUGUAACAAUGCUGUAAUGCCGGCGAGGCUCUGUCCCGCACGAAAUGUGCGUACAGUCUCAAAACUGGAUACAUGUAACCUUUUGUGUGGUCACACAUUUGCAAUUUUUCCACUUUUGUAUUUCUUAGUUAUAACUGUAUCUGUUUUCUUGUUGCACCUCCUGCGUGCACGCCAUGUCUAACUUCCUUUUCUUCUUUGAAAUCAAUUGGGCACCUAGUUUAGCUUUUGUCCUGUUGCUUUACCAGCUUCAUCAGCUGUAGCACAACAUGAAGCAGAAACAUUUUUAGCUGCUGCGUACUGAACACUGGACACUGAUUUAGAAAAUGUGGAAAACUUAUGACGGUGUCGGCUCGCAGAGUUUUAAAGUUUAAUUGGCGCCUGCCUUGCUGCCACUCACAUGGAUACAACUUGUGAGUCCACAACAUGACUGUUUGUCAUACAGGCUUUCUAUGUAGCAUCUUUUAAGAUAUAUUCGUCUGGUAUAUUACAAAGAGCCACUCUAGUGUGUAUCCUUAAGCAAAGCAGCCAUUUGUCAACUCAUAAGUGACUGUAGUCAUCCUGAGUCAACAUUGACCGAUGAUAAAGAUGUGUACUAUCAGGGCGUGACCUGGAAUGAUAAACUGGGUGUGCACAAAGAUACAGCACACACGGGAUCCACUGAUAUUAGCAUUUGCAGGCUACUGGUAACAGUUAGGUCUGCAGGAGCUGGCGGAAAUCAUCAAAGAUUAAUAUAGUUAAUAAGUUAACAUUCUGCCAAAAGUGCUGACUUUAAUUAAUUUAAUUAUAUGCACAUUUUACAUAAGGAAUCAGGAAUCUGCUCACAUGACAUUUAUUUGACUGGUAGGCAUUCAGUUUAUACUAAGCACAUUUUCCUUUAUUUGAAUAAAUAAACCUUUGAUUUUAUACAUUUCAGUGGUAUUUUACUCAAAGUUAUUGUUUCACGCUGACUGAGGGUAAAAACUCUGAGUGUUUUAGAGGAGCAGGGGGUGGUGCAAGACAGCCUCCACGUUUUUCUCACUAGACAAUUAUAACAAGUUUUAUUGUCAAGGACUUUUUGCAAAGCAUUCGAUCGAUCAAUCAACCGAUCGAUCAACAUCAUUUUAUUACAUUUACAAACAAAUAAAAAACCACCACUAGGAGUCGCCAAAGGUGAAUAAUUUCCCUCUUUCUCUAAAGAAAACUAUUGACUUCCAAUCAAAUAUGUACACUGUUUGUAGAUAAAUCACCUGACUGAUCUUAUAGUUACUUUAGUUGCUGAGUUGUUGCUUAAGUUUUUGGAGGAUUUUGUUAAGUUUUUCUGUUUGUAUAAUCUUGGAGAAAACAGAAGAAUGAGCAGCAUCUGAGUCUUUAAUAAAAGCCCAGAACACAUCAUCAUCAUCAUCAGCUUCAUGCGCACACUGAGAGCACCUAUUGACCAGCUGCUGUGAUGUUUUGAUCUUCACACCUGUAAGAGCCAAUUAAAGGUUAAUUUUAUUGGUACUGGUAAAAUGAUUAGAGGAGAAAUAUACAUGUUUGUUGUUAAGAAUAUAAUUUCUAGUUAAUUUCAAAAUACUGUUUUGUUAAAGGUAUAGAAUAUAGUAGUGCGACAUUCUAAUGCGCUUUUUAGUAUUUUGGGCUUCCGGCACACUGUAAUUACGUAGUUGGGGAGUCGGAUAAGCUGGAAGCAACACAGUUUUUUGACCGAGUCUUGCCAUGUAAAUUCAAAGUUUCAAUAAACAUCUUUUUUGCAAGAAAAGAGCCUGGACUUGCUCGCGUUCAAAUGCAUGUUGCCGGACUGACUCCUAAAGGUGGUACAGAAGAGUGAAAUAGAGAAGGAGUGCCACCGCUACAUAAGUCAAAAAACUCGCUUCACCGAUAUGUGGGGGAUCGGCUGCACUGCGCUCGGAAAGGAAGAGCGCAGCCUAGCGGAAUGUAAGAAAAAAGGCGCUGCUUAGGGAUGCUGGCACAGAACAGGAUAAUUCUUUGGAUUAUUCUUUAGAAGAAGGUAACAAACUCUCUUAUUACUUCGUGCUGUAAGAGGAAAAAGACGUCUUUCGGAGGCUCAUUAAGUUUGGUGGAAAACGAAAGUGAAACUUAACUUCGUGCCGUCGUCAACCCCGCUCUCUUUUUUCUCUCUCUGCCUGUGGGACUGCAUGUUGUAAAACAGGAUUUGAUGCAGUCAACCGCCUGAGCGUGGCUGUGAAGGCCCAGCAGAGGCACCUGCCCCGAGGGGCCAACGGCGACAGAGGCAGACCUUCCAAGGGCAAAGAAAAGAAGGAACCAAAGGAGGCUGCUGGCAAAGCAAAGGAUGAUAAGAAUAAAUCAGAUGUCCAGGAGAAAGAAGCAAAGAGGUUUGAUGGGGCAGGAUAUGAUAAAGACCUCGUGGAAGCACUGGAGAGGGAUAUUAUAUCUCAAAAUCCAAAUAUUAAAUGGGAUGACAUCGCAGACUUGGAAGAUCCAAAAAAAACUGCUGAAAGAAGCAGUUGUGUUGCCGAUGUGGAUGCCAGCGUUUUUUAAAGGAAUUAGACGACCCUGGAAGGGUGUGCUUAUGGUGGGACCUCCUGGCACGGGGAAAACACUUCUGGCUAAAGCAGUCGCUACCGAAUGUAGAACCACGUUCUUCAAUGUUUCCUCAUCAACUCUGACCUCUAAGUACAGAGGAGAGUCUGAGAAACUAGUUUGCCUUCUCUUUGAAAUGGCACGUUUUUAUGCUCCCACCACGAUCUUCAUUGAUGAAAUUGACUCAAUGUUCAGCCGCAGAGGAACCUCAGAGGAACAUGAAGCUAGCAGGAGAGUAAAGGCAGAGCUACUUGUGCAAAUGGAUGCUGUUGGUGGAGCAUCGGAGAACGAUGACCCAUCAAAGAUGGUAAUGGUCCUGGCUGCAACCAACUUUCCAUGGGACAUUGACGAGGCUCUGAGGAGGCGCCUGGAGAAGCGGAUCUACAUUCCUCUUCCUUCAACUAAGGGGCAAGUGGAGCUGCUCAAGAUUAACCUCAGGGAGCUGGAGCUGGCCAGCGACGUGGACUUGGACAAGAUCGCCGAGCACAUAGAGGCUAAUGUAGACCUGCUUAUAGGAGCCAACUGUGCAAAAGCAAUGGAGCCAUGGCGUGUCAUUAAUGGACAAAAUGGAGGUCCUUAUGCAGUGAAGACCACCAUUGGUUGGGUUGUGAAUGGACCCAUAAGAAAAGAACUAAAUGACUCAGAAAACAAAGAACCACAUUUCUCAGUAAGCCGAAUCUCCUUAGUGGAAGUUGAGAAGCUACUGGUCCAACAGUAUAACAUAGAUUUUUCAGAACGUAAUUAUGAUGACAAAGAGGAAAUGUCACAAGAGGACAAACAGUUUCUACGAGCAGUAGAAAAGACAACGACCUUCGAAAAUGGACACUAUAACAUUGGAUUGCCACUUAAGAAUGAGAAUCUUCAAAUGCCAAACAACCGUUGUGUUGCGGAGCAGCGAAUAGCAUGUUUGCUCAGAAAGUUUAAGAAGAAUCCUCAGUUUUUUGAAGAUUAUAAGUGCUUCAUGGAAAACAUCAUCACCAAGGGCUAUGCAGUUCCAGUGCCAGACCACCAGUUGAGCCGUGACGACAACAGAGUGUUCUAUAUACCACACCAUGGGGUGUAUCACCCGAAGAAGAGAAAGUUGCAAGUCGUGUUCGACUGUACGGCUUCAUACCUAUGGAGGACCACAAGAGCCACGCGCAUCAAAAUAAAAAAUUCUGUGCUUAAUUAAUG